GCAGCACGGGAACUUCACUCGGCCUUUGCUGAGUCUGGAGCUUGUGCAUAAGUCGCGCAGAGACGCCAUGCCCAACAAGAAAUCGAAAAAAGGCAAAGACCGGUUGGACAAGUUUUACCACCUGGCAAAGGAUCAGGGAUAUCGUGCUCGUUCAGCCUUCAAACUGAUCCAGUUGGCGAAGAAGAACAACUUCUUUUCCAGAUCUAAGGUAUGUUUGGAUCUCUGUGCAGCUCCAGGGGGUUGGUCCCAAGUGGCACAGAGGAAUAUGCCUGCCGGCUCCAAGAUUGUGGCGAUUGAUUUGGCUCCCAUCAAGCCCAUCCCUGGCGUCACGUGCAUCCAAUCGGACAUCACCACUGAGAAGUGUCGUCAGCUGAUUCGAAAGGAGUUGCACGGCGCCAGCGCCGAUGUGGUGCUACACGAUGGAGCACCCAAUGUAGGCACCUCAUGGAGCAAAGAUGCCUUCAACCAAGCAGAGCUAACUCUGCACGCCCUGAGACUUGCCUGCGAUUUCCUUCGAACCGGAGGAGUCUUCGUCAGUAAGGUCUUCAGAUCGAAGGACUACAACUCCCUGCUCUGGGUCUUCAAUCAGCUCUUCAACAAGGUUGAGGCCACAAAGCCCACUGCCUCGCGCAAUGUCUCUGCGGAGAUCUUCGUGAUGUGCAUCGGUUUGAAGGAAACCAGGAACAAGAUCGACUCCAAAUUCUUUGAUCCCAAGUGGGUCUUCAUGGAAACCUUAGAGGAACCCGGGGGAGACGACCCCAAGAAGCCCGGUGCCACGCUGACGGAGCACUUCAAAAAGCUGAAGAAGAAGAAUCGAGAUGGCUAUGAAGAGGGGGACGACAAUCGAAUCGUUCCCGCGCAUGACUUCAUCGCCUCCGACAAUCCCGCGGAGAUCCUGAUCAAAGCACAUAGACUCAAUCUGGAGGCACCGGGAUGCGAACCCAUUGCGAGCAACCCGUUGACCACCAAAGACAUCGUGGAGCUGUGCAGCGAUUUGAAGGUGCUGGGUAAAGCCGACCUGUCGCAACUUCUGAAGUGGCGCAUGAAGAUCCUCCGAGAGCAAGAAAAAAAGCAGAGAGAGGCUGAGAAAAAGUCGAAGGAAGACCCAAGCACCCUCGCCCUUCGAGCCAAAGCGAAGGUGCAAGCAGCUCAGGCGGCGGCCAAAAAGGCUGUGGACCGCGGCUUGGCUCCGGAUUUGGAUAGUGCCAUCGCAGAGUUUCUGGAUGGCGACGUCAAGGAAGCCGCAGAUCUCGCUGAAGAAGCACCGAGUGAUUCUGAGGAUGAGGCUGCGGACGAUCGAUUGGAGCAGGAACUGAAAGACCAGAUUGACAAGAGAAGAAGAGAAGAUCGGCGAGAUGCCAAGAAGUUGAUGGAUCGGCAAAAGAAGCAGGAAUGGCGCAAGAAGAUGAGUUUGGUCACCGGAAAGGGAGUCACAGGCGACCAACAGGAGCUCUUUCGGGUCACCGACAAAGCGGUGAAGGCUCUGGAAGAUGCAUCUGCGAUUCCUCAAGAGCUGAUGAGCGAAGAGGAGCCAGCGACCGAUGAGGAGUUCGUCUUCGGCCGGAACCGCCGGAGCGGUGAAGACGAGGGCAGCGAAUCGGAGGAUGACGAUGAGAUGGACCGCUUGGCUCGGAUGGAAGUAGACUUGGCCCUGGACCAUGAGCUCCGGAAAGCUCAACUGGUGCACAAGAACCGCAAUGCCACACAGCGAACGGAGAAGGCAAAGAAGGAGACCCGGCGCCAGCGCGUGGCGCAGGGCUGGGCAUCAGAACUUGCAGAUUUCUGCGACCAACAGCAGGGCGAUGCGCACAAGUUGAAGGCGCUGGGAGAUGAACAGGAAGCGUUGGAAGAUGAGGAUGAGAGUGAAGAUGACCUGCAGGCCCUGCGAAAGUUCCAGGACUUGAUGGACAGCGGUGGCAGUGAUGGUGUAGAUGGUGCGGCUCUUGAAGCCUUGGUCGAAGGUGCAGGGGAUGCUACAGGAAACAAAAUCCAGGCCAUUGAAGCCGGUGAUGAGGACGAAGAGAACGAAGAGCCCGCCUCGGCGCCCGCCUCGGCGAAGGAAGAAAAGUUCCCAGCCCUGGAAGAUGCCGUAGAGACGGCCAUGGUGCCUCACGAGGAAGAGCUGAGAGGUGAACAGAGGGCCAAGCGCUGGUUCAGUCAAGACAUCUUUUCGGGUCUCUCCAAGGGACGAGGCACCUCGUUGCAGGAACUGGGUUCGGAUGAGUCUGACGGCGAAGAGGGCGAGAUGCACGAGUUGCCAGACUCGCAACUGCCCAAGCUGCCGCUGACGGACAAGGCCAAGCGCAAGUUGGAGCGCACGAAGAAGACGCAGCGCUUGGAGAAGCUGGGUAUCAAGCCGAAAAGCAAACCGGAGGAGGAGGAGAAAGGCGCCAUGGAAGUGGCUCCCAUGGAGCCACCGAAGCCGCUGGUCCCUGCUCGCAUCCAGAAACCCACGGAUCCAAGGGAACUGGCUGAGACGUUGGCGAUCGGAGCUCUCUUGGUGGACUCCAAGAAGUCCAGGAUGGAUUUGUUGGACUCGGGUUACAAUAGGUACACCUUCGAGCCCAAUGAAGCCUUGCCCGUGUGGUUCCUUGAAGAUGAGGAUAAGUACAAUAAGCCUGAGCUGCCGAUCAGCAAGGAGCAGAUGAAUCAGUUCCGUCAGCGACUCGCGGAGAUCAGCAGAAGGCCCAUCCGGAAGGUUGUGGAGGCAAGGGCUCGAAAGAAGAAGCGAAUGGCCAAGAAACUCGAGAAGUUGCGGUCGACUGCUAUGUCGCUCACUGAAACCAGCGACAUGAGCGAGCAUGCCAAGGCGCGGCAAAUGCGGAAGGCCGUCAGCAAGCUGGCCAAACAAGACCAGCGACCUGUGACCACGGUGGCGAUCAAGAAGGGCGGUGGUGGACACAAGUUGGACAAGAAGAAGGUGCCCAAGGGCGCCAAAGUGAAGACUGUGGAUAGAAGGAUGAAGGCUGAUUUGCGCGGGGAGAAGAAGGCCCGGAAACGAAACCCUGGCAGAUUCAAGAUGCAGCAGCGCAAGACGCAGCAAAAGAUCAACAAGGGCAAAAGGCGUGGUAAAGGCGACAAAGGUGGCAAGCCAGGAGGAGGAAAGAAGCGAAAACACGGUGGAGAUUAGACGUCUUGGCUACGGUCCAACGGUAAAUGCCUGAGUCUGCUGUGAAGGAAACCACGGAAGAAAAACGGUUCUGUCUUGU